CGUGGGUUGUGAGCGAGGCUGCCGCGUUCGGGGCCGGUUGGGACAAAGCGGCAUCUAGUGCGCUCGGAUCUCGGAGGAGGCCGAGCCCCCUUGCCCCAAAGCCCGCACCCGAGGAGGAGAAGCAAGUGUCGGGCGGGAUGGCGGACGGAUUCGGAGCUUGGAGCUCGCCCACCGUCAGCGGCGAAAGUGGACAAGAUCCAGACAGUCCAUCGGGUGGUCACGUGGAGUGGUGUAAACAACUGAUUGCAGCCACCUUGUCCAGUCACAUCUCAGCAGUGUCUGCAAACUCCGACGGCACCACCAAGCGGGAUUCUUUGGACGAGAGUCUCCGUUGCCACGGAGACGCCGACUCCGAGCAUUCCACCGACGCUUCGAGGCUGAAAAUGACUGAGAAAGCAAAUGCGGUUCCUCUCCUGCCGGGGGAAAAAAUCCAGAUGAUCAUGGAGGACGUGACGUACAUUUGUCCCUUUAGCGGACUGCUCAACGGAACGCUGACCAUCACGGACUAUAAGCUCUACUUCAGCAGCGUGGAAAGGGAAUCUCCGUUUGUUCUGGCCGUGAACCUGGGCGUCGUCAGCCGCCUGGAGACCGUGUGCUUUCCCGACCGAGGCGAGAACACCGAGGGACUGGAGCUGGUCUGCAAGGACCUGAGGAGCCUGAGGUUCGCCUACGAGACGGAGACGGCCCGCGCGGACGUGGCGGAGACGCUGACCUCGCGGGCGUUCCCGCUCUCCCGUGAGAUGACCUUAUUCACCUUCCGCUACGAGCAGCGCUUCCCUGCGGACGGCUGGAAGGUUUACGAGCCGCUGGCCGAGUGGCGACGGCAGGGUCUCCCCAACGAGAGCUGGACCAUCAGCCGACUGAACGCGUCCUACCAACUGUGCGACACGUACCCCGCCGUACUGGCGCUCCCCACCGACAUCUCGGACGAGGACGUCAAGCGGGCGGCGGCGUUCCGGGCCAAACGGCGCAUUCCGGUGUUGUCGUGGAUCCACCCCGAGUCGCAGGCGGCCCUGGUGCGCUGCGGCCAGCCCCUGGUGGGCCCGUCGGACCGCCGCUGCAAAGAGGACGAGCGCCUCCUCCAGAUCGUCGUGGACGCCAACGCGCAGUCCCACAAGCUCAGCAUCUUCGACGCCCGACAGUUCAGCGAGGCAUGCAGCAAAAAAGCGAAGGACGGCGGCUACGAGAGCGAAAGCUUCUACGCCAACGUGGAACUCAACUUCCUGGAGAUCCCCAACAUGCACGUGAUGCGCGAGUCCCUCCGGAAGUUGAAGGACGUGGUGUACCCCGCCAUCCACCAAGCGCGCUGGCACUCCAAUAUUGACCGCACGCACUGGCUUCACCACAUACGGCUGCUGCUGUGCGGAGCGUCCCGGGUGGCGUCCAAGCUGGAGCGCGCGCGGACGUCGGUGCUGGUCCACUGCGGCGACGGCUGGGACCGGACGGCUCAGUUGACGUCUCUGGCCAUGCUCAUGCUGGACGGACACUACCGCACGCUCCGAGGGUUCCAGGUUCUGGUGGAGAAGGAGUGGAUCGGCUUCGGACACAAGUUUGCUGCCCGCGUGGGCCACGGGGACGACGACCGCGGCGACUCGGAGCGCUCGCCGCUCUUUGUCCAGUUUGUGGACUGCGUGUGGCAGAUGACCCGGCAGUUCCCGGCGGCGUUCGAGUUCAACGAGCUCUUCCUGCUCAUGCUGCUGGACCACCUAUACAGCUGCCUCUUCGGAACCUUCCUGUGCGACAGCGAGCGGGAGCGCGCGGCCCAGGAGGUCCGGACCAGGACGGUGUCCCUGUGGUCCUACAUCAACAGCCAGCCGGAGGACUUCGGCAACCCGCUGUACGUCCGCGACCGCCAGCGGGUGCUCUACCCGCUGGCCUCCUGCAGGCGCCUGGAGCUGUGGACUAAUUACUACGCGCGAUGGAACCCGCGCAUGAGACCGCAGGUGCCGCCGCAUCAGUCGCUGAAGGAUCUGCUGCUGUUGCGGACCGAACUCGAGCGGAGGGUGGAAGAGCUGCGCGGGGAAGUGCGCGCCGACUCUCCGGCGGCGCCGCGCUGGCCGUCGCCCGACCGCGCCGCCGGGACCGCGUUUGCCUGGUGGGCGUGGCCUUUUGUCAUUGGCGGCCCGCGCGUGCCCCAGACACACGCCGACCCGAGCCAAGCAGCCACGACGUGGGCGACCCAGCGGCCAGCAGGCCUCCUAUUGGGCUUUUGUUGUUCUCCCGGGAACUCUGUGCAGCUGGUGAUCCGGAAGGUGCGGUACGCCCCGGAGAACAAAGGCCCCCGGCCCCCGGCCCCCGGCGGAGAGCUGUCGAAGCUUCCCGAUGCCCGAGAGACCGCUGCACCCGGAGGCGUCGCUCGACAAGGAGGUGACACCUUGAAGGAAAUUCCAAAUUGGAAACUUGUCAUUGGAGUUGAAGCUGUACGACCACGGCGAGCCCAUCAGCGUCGACGCCCGGCGCCCGCUCCCUCGGUCUUCUUCCUCCCUUCCAGUACGCCGACAUCUGUCUGUUCACAAGCGGCUGGAGGCCCGGUCGACAACGGUGCCGAAUGCUCGCCGUACGAGCGACCGAUGCGUUAUUCAAGUUUGUUGCUUGUUUGCACGACAUGAGGAGAAUACAUCAGAGGAAAUAAGAAUAAAAACCAGGGAAGCCGCGAGCCGCAAAGAACAGGCCCUGGCGCCUUUUUUUGUUUGUUUUGUUCUUUUUCAAACAAUUGUAAAACCGCCCACGGUGUAGGAAAAAGCUUCCCAAAAGAAGCGGCACGCGCCCGUCGGUCUGUUAAACCCGCUGGCUGCUUCCCUUCGGCCCUCGUUUGAGGCCCCAAAAUCAAAACGGCCGUCUUGCUGUGGCUUCUUCAGGCUUUUUGGGGUGCCCUCUUUUCGUAGACAGGGUCGCCUCAUGUUGUCGAUCAGCGACCCCGGUGUUGUGGAUUUGUUUCCCCCCCCCCAAAAAAAAACUUUCCAGUCACAAUAUUAUUACUCCACUAUAUGCGUCAGUAGUGUAUUGUAGUAAUGCACGUGAGCCACACGCAACGGACGGACGUGCGUGCGUGCGUGCGUGUUGUCUUCGAGCGCUGAUCAGCGAGCAGGUGCCCGCCAGCUCCACCUUCUGCCAGGCGUGCACGCUGAGAAGAGAGGCCUGGCGCUGGACGGCCAGCAAAAAUGGAUGCGUCGUUUGAUAUGAAUAACUAUUCUACGGGUCUCCAGUGACUGUCCAAGGUGUUUCUAUUUCUCUGGGAGGUGUGGGUUUUUGUACAUUUCCGAUUUGAAUUGUUUUCGCUCUGUAAAGCACUUUGUUGAAUGUUUAAGACAUGAAAAGUAAGUGCUUCAUUAAAUUCGAUUAGUAUCAAUGUAAAUAUA